AUGCAACUUUUAUUAUAGGUAUAUAAUGUCUCCGCGCACCACGUGACUUCCUUUCCCAGCCAAGCUAAAAUCAUGGACGCCAGCCGCGUGCAGCCUAUCAAGCUUGCCAGAGUCACUAAAGUGCUCGGUAGAACCGGCUCACAGGGUCAGUGUACCCAGGUGCGUGUUGAGUUCAUGGAUGACAGCAACCGAUCCAUUAUCAGAAAUGUGAAAGGCCCAGUGAGAGAGGGAGAUGUUCUGACACUUCUGGAAUCUGAAAGAGAAGCAAGAAGGCUUCGAUAGUGUGUGGCUAAAAGCUUUGAAGACCCAAUGAAGCAAGUCUCCACCAUCAGUUCAGAUAUGUGCUAAUUGAAAUAAAAAAAAAUUUAAAAAAAGUUCUGCUGUCUCAUUUUUUGGGGGGGAUGAGUAGAUAUGUAAUAAAUGGCAAGU